CCGCGCUCCGCCCGCGGGCGGCAGCUCCUCUCCCGCCUCAGCCCACGUCCCGGCCGGCGCCGGCGGCCCCCGAGGUGCGAGGCGGCGGGAGGAAGGGCAGCAGCAGCCGCCGGCCCGUUCGGCGGGCGAGCGGUGCGUUCCCCGAGGCCCCCUCCCAACAAGCGCUGCCGUGAUUUGGCAGCCGUCCGGCUCCGGGCCUGCCUCGCCGCCCGGCAUUGGUUGGGCGCGGCCGGUGCCUGCCGGGCCCCCCGGGAGGUGACACCGGCCUCCGCCCCAGGCAGCCGGUAGCGGCGGGCGGCAGGUCGCCGCCUGCGCCGGGGGGAUGAAGCUCUCCUGGCUGGGCGUGGAUGUCUCCCGGGUGCUGCACUUGGCUGCCGUCUUCUGCCUGACCUGCGUGCUGCUGAAGGCCAUCCAGCUGUACCACCGGCGGCGGGAGCUGCUCCGGGCGCUGGCCGACUUCCCCGGCCACCCGACCCACUGGCUCUUCGGCCACGUCCAGGAGUUCCUCAAGGAGGAGGAGGUGCUGGACAAGGUGGAGAUAUGGGCACAGAAGUACCUAUAUGCUCACCCUGUGUGGUUCGGAAGUUUCUCAGCAUUCCUGGUUAUCACUGAUCCCGACUAUGCCAAGGCUGUGUUGGCCAGAGGAGAUCCCAAGGAUAACAUCAGUUAUAAACACCUUGUCCCAUGGAUCGGGAACGGGUUGCUGAUCUUACAUGGGCCAAAAUGGCACCAACAUCGAAAACUCCUGACUCCAGGGUUUCAUUAUGACGUCUUGAAACCAUACGUGACCCUGAUGGCAGAGUCUACUAACGUGAUGCUGGAUAAAUGGGAGCAGUUGAUCACAGACGGGAAACCAGUGGAGCUCUUUGAGCAUGUCAGCUUGAUGACUCUCGAUAGCAUCAUGAAAUGUGCCUUCAGUUGUCACAGCAACUGCCAGACCAGCAGGGAAAACACCUACAUCCAGGCGGUCUACAGCCUAUGCCACAUGGUGCACCAGCGCCUCCGCAUCUUUCCCUACCACAAUGACAUCAUUUACUGGCUCAGUCCCCACGGAUUUCAGUUCAGGAAGGUCUGCCAGCUCGCUCAUGACCACACAGACAAGGUGAUCCGUGAGCGAAAGGAGUCCCUUAAAGAUGAACGAGAAUUUGAAAAGAUCCAGAAGAAGAGACAUUUGGACUUCCUGGACAUUCUGCUGUGUGCCAAAGACGAGAAUGGAGCUGGACUGUCUGAUGAGGACCUGCGUGCUGAGGUGGACACGUUCAUGUUUGAGGGCCACGAUACCACAGCCAGUGGGAUCUCCUGGCUCUUGUACUGCCUGGCAUCACACCCCGAGCACCAGGCACGGUGCCGGGAGGAGAUCCGGGGGAUCCUGGGACACCGGGAGACACUUCAGUGGGAGGACCUGGGCAAGAUGACUUACAGCACCAUGUGCAUCAGGGAGAGCCUUCGCCUUUACCCACCAGUGCCUGGUGUGUCCCGGCAGCUCAGCAAACCCAUCACCUUCCCCGAUGGACGCACCUUGCCAGAAGGCAGUGUCGCCGCAAUAAGCAUUUAUCUCAUUCACAGAAACCCUGCAGUAUGGAAAGACCCUUUGGUAUUUGACCCUUUGCGGUUUUCCCCAGAGAACAUCUCAGGCAGACACUCUCACGCCUUUCUGCCUUUUUCUGCUGGAAUGAGGAACUGCAUCGGGCAGCAGUUUGCCAUGAACGAGAUGAAAGUGGCGCUGGCCCUGACCCUGCUCCGCUUUGAGCUCUCGCCUGACCCUGCCAACCCUCCCUUCAAAAUACCUAGGAUCACCCUUCGCUCCCAGAAUGGGAUUCACCUGUAUCUAAAGAAAAUCGGCUGAUGCUGGAAAACAAUCUGCCUUUGCCAGAGGGAGGGACCAAGCUGAUGAUGGGACAACGUUACUCUGGGGUAAAAGGUGCAAGGCAGGAUUUGUGGAUGAGGAUUCCUGAUCUCUGUGCUUCUCCUACCAGCUGAAAGCCCCUUGUGUCCUGGGCCUAGGUAGCCUGGAUGGCAUUGCACAGACCCAUUGCACUCUGCUCUGAGCGCUAGUCUCCAGCAGCCAGGUGUGGCCAUGCCCCUUCACUGGCUGCCCUCUUGCCCUGCCGUAAGGGCUGACCUGACCUGGGAACAUCUGCAGGUCCCAGCAUCUUCCUUUUUACCAAAUCCGGCCUUUGCACUCAUGUCCUGGCCUAAUCCAUAACCAUUCCCAGCCCUGCUCCAUCAUCAGUACCUUCCUCAGUGCCUAGAGGUCAGCCCUCCUCUCCUGGAGCAGGGACAGCCCAUAGCAGACCUGUCUCUUCUCGCACUUCAUGUGUCUCUGUUUUGUUGAAAGCACUGAGUCCAGUUUUGAAAACUUUGAAAUUCUGCCUAAACUGCAAAAUAUUCUGUAAUUUUUGUGUUAAUAAACCAGUAAUUAUUCCUGUAA